AGAGGAGGCUUGAAGCCGCCACUUGAGCAAGUCUUCCUCCCCUCCUCUUGCUCUGAGUUCCGAGCUUCUCGUCUCUCUUCCAACUCUUUUACCUUUAGAUUUCUACCAACUAAAGUGAAGUGAACUUAACCUAGAAGAAGAGAAGCCGAGCCACAGCAUGGUGGGCACCUCCUCGUCCUCCUCCUCCUCGUGCGCUUCUUUUGGUUAUCUCGACGAUGUCUCCGUCAAGCCCGCCGUCGGCGGAACCAUCAAGUUCCUCUGCAGCUACGGCGGCAAGAUCCUCCCCCGUUACCCCGACGGCAAGCUCCGUUACGUCGGCGGCCACACCCGUGUCCUCGCUGUCGACCGAUCCCUCCCUUUCUCCGAGCUACAGGGGAAGAUGGGGGAGAUGUGCGGGUGGGGAGCGGUGAAUCUGAGGUGCCAGCUGCCGACGGAGGACCUCGACGCCCUGGUCUCCGUCACGUCCGACGAGGACCUCGCCAACCUCAUCGAGGAGUACGACCUCGCCAGCCGCGAUCGCCUCCUCCCCUUAAAGAUCCGAGCUUUCCUCCUCCCUCCUCCAACCAAGACUCCCUCACCUCCGUCCACUCCUGCUAAGGGGAAAUCCUCCACCUCCGCCGUCUCCUCCCGGCCGCCGCUCCCAGCCGACCGCUGCCUCCUCCACCAGAUCUCUGCGCCCUCCAGGUUCUCCGGCCGCCCGGGCGCCGCCGCCGCUGGCGAUCCCCGCUUCCACGCUCCCCACCACUACCACCACCACCACCACCAUCACGGGAACCCGAGACCGCACCAGUUCCUCGUUCACCAUGGGAACUACUGGCAAUAAUUAGCCCACCGUCUCUGGCCUCGAACAGGAAACAUCAAUGGAACAAAUAGAUGAAGACGAGGCCGAGGAGGUAAAAGAAAACAACAAAAGAACGGAGGAGUAGAACUAAAUAUUUUUGUUCUUUGGAAGCACGGGAUUGUAACCAUCCAGCCUUUUAAAUUUUAAUACAACAAUCCGAGGAAAAAAAAAAGAAGAAAACAAACUUAAAAAGAAAAACUAAAUACGUAUUUAUUUAACUCUUCUUCUUCUUCUUCUUCUUCUUCUUUGUGGUGUUUUGUGUUUUGCCGUGCCACCGUUCCCAGUCCCCAUUCUUCCCCUUCGUUUGUUCGUUUUGGUUGGCACGUCUGUUCCGUUAGGGUUCCGUCCCUUUCGUCACCACCUUUAUGUUAUUCGUUCCAUCUCAUCCGUUCGUUGUUUUAUUUGUUUUUGUUUUUAUUUUUUUAAUUUAAUAUUUUCUGGGUUGGUACAUUUUUUUUUUUUUAUUUAGCAUCUUUUGUUGGCUGGACGCUUGUUACGUUUUUUUUAAAAAGAUAUAAUUUGC